UUGAAACAAGUUUUUUUUUGGACGUCGUAACCACAUUAGAGAUGUAAAUUAGCAGCUGCAAGAGACCCACGAGCCACCAGCCACCAGCCAGCAGCCACCAAUCAAGUUGCCCAGUUGCCCUGCCCUGCGUUGAAACUCUGCCCAACCAAAAAAAAAACAUCAGUCGCCGUUUCAGUCUCAAAAUGUGCGGCAAUCCGAAUACGCGACUUCUUUCGCGACUCAUCAUUGAUUUUCUGCUGCUGCUGGGCGUCUACUGUGUGGCACUUGUUGUGUUGCCACAGCAACUGGUGACCACACAGCGUGGCUUCCACUGCAGCGAUACCUCGCUGCGUUAUCCUUAUCGCCAGCCCUGGCUGACCAAGGUGCACUUGACCAUUGCCGUGGUAGCGUUGCCAGCUGCCUUUCUGCUGGUUGUGGAGCUGUUGCGUGCCGCCUUUGUGCCACAGAAGGAGGAGCUGAAGCAACGAUUCGUCUUCGUUGGGACAAGGAUACCCAGUUUCAUUAGCGAGUGCUACAAGAUCAUCGGUGUCUAUCUGUUUGGCCUGGGUCUGCUGUUGCUGCUCAUCCGAGUCACCAAAUAUUCGACGGGUCGCUUGCGUCCCUAUUUCUUUGAUGUCUGCCAGCCCAGCUGGGGUGAGCUGGGUGAGCCGGAGCUGAGGGAGAGCUGCUCCUCAAACUCAACGCGAUACAUUGAGCAAUAUAGUUGCACCGAGUUUGCUGCCUCGUUGGAGCUGUUGUCGGUGGUGAGGCACUCGUUUCCCAGUGGGUUUGUGAGCAGCACCAGCUAUGCGAUGAUCUUCCUCAUCUACUAUGCCCAGGCGCGUCUCUUUGCGCCCUGGCUGCGCAUCCUGCGCGCCACACUCCAAUUGGCCUGUGCCGCCAUUGCGCUGUUUGUCUGUGUGGAACGCAUCUCGACCAAUCAGAAUCAUCUGUCGGAUGUCGCCGCCGGAUUGGCCACCGGCGCCGCGCUCGCCUCCUUCGUGGCCAUCUUUGUGGCGCACCUGUUCAAGCAGGUGAGGGUCAAGCGACGCCAGUGGCCCAGAAACGAACAGAUCUACGGCUAUGCUGGCUACUACAAUCGGGCCACAUAUGGCUAUUAACUGAUAAUAUAAACAAGUCACAGAGUCAAUAAAUCUAAUCAAUCAAACAUCUUUCAAUUGAGUACAGCAAUAAUAGCAAAAAUGUACGCUCAAAAAU